CGACUCCGCCGGCGCCCGCCCCGCCCCGCGCGCUCGCGGCCCCCCGGGGCGGCCGCCGGGAGAGAUGCUGCAAGAAACUUCUUAAAUGACCGCGUCCGGCCGGCCGUGGAGCGUUUCUGGGUUGGGGAGAGGAAAGGAAAGUGGAAAAAAACUGAGAACUUCCUGAUCUCUCUCGCUGUGAGACAUGUCUGAGACUCCUGCUCAGUGUAGCAUUAAGAGGUUACAGAAAAGGUGUGUGUUACAGGUAGAGUGAGUGCACGCUGAUUGAGUAAGUACCUCAGGCCCUCCUCCUGACGACUCGUACUGGGCUACACCGCCCCUGAAUGUUUGUGCAACCAACUGGGAAAGAGGCGUCAUUAGCAAGAACCAGUUACCUCCAUGCAAGGAACGAAAUGUGCUCAUUAUUAGAGCAGCCCAGGCGCCUCCCACACCACCCGCCCUGUGCUCCGGGAUACUGAAGAGUUGAUCCGCAAAUCCAGGUGCAGUUGAUGCUGAGAGGAGGCCACCUGCCCCCCGAUCCUCAUGGCAGACGGCUGGGAAACCUCUGCUCAGCAGACCGCUCGACUUGAUGCUCCAGCUGUAGCCGCUCCCGUGCUCCUCCAAAGAAGCAAAGCAGGAACGGAUUUCAUAUACACCCCCCGAGAGCCCGGUGCCCAGUUACACUUCCUCGACGCCGCUUCAUGUGCCAGUGCCCCGAGCGCUCAGGAUGGAGGAAGACUCGAUCCGCCUGCCCGCGCACCUGCGCUUGCAGCCAAUGUACUGGAGCAGAGAUGACGUAGCCCAGUGGCUCAAGUGGGCUGAAAAUGAGUUUUCUCUAAGGCCGAUUGACAGCAGCACGUUUGAGAUGAAUGGCAAAGCUCUCCUGCUCCUGACCAAAGAGGACUUUCGCUACCGGUCUCCUCAUUCAGGUGAUGUGCUCUAUGAACUCCUUCAGCAUAUUCUGAAGCAGAGGAAACCUCGGAUUCUUUUCUCACCGUUCUUCCACCCCGGAAACUCGAUACACACGCAACCGGAAGUCAUCCUGCAUCAGAACCACGAAGAAGAUAACUGUGUCCAGAGGACCCCGAAGCCGUCGGUGGAGAAUGUACACCACAACCCUCCCACCAUUGAACUGUUGCACCGUUCCAGGUCACCCAUCACGACAAACCACCGGCCUUCUCCCGACCCCGAGCAGCGGCCCCUCCGGUCCCCCCUGGACAACAUGAUCCGCCGCCUCUCCCCGGCCGAGAGGGCCCAGGGACCGAGGCUUCACCAGGAGAACAACCACCAGGAGUCCUACCCCCUGUCAGUGUCUCCCAUGGAGAAUAAUCACUGCCCGCCAUCCUCCGAGCCCCACCAGAAGCCCUCCAGCCCCCGGCAGGAGAGCACGCGGGUGAUCCAGCUGAUGCCCAGUCCCAUCAUGCACCCUCUGAUUCUGAACCCCCGGCACUCCGUGGAUUUCAAGCAGUCCCGGCUCUCCGAGGACGGGCUGCACCGGGAAGGGAAACCCAUCAACCUCUCCCAUCGGGAAGACCUGGCGUACAUGAACCACAUCAUGGUCUCCGUCUCCCCGCCCGAGGAGCACGCCAUGCCCAUCGGGAGGAUAGCAGACUGUAGACUGCUUUGGGAUUACGUCUAUCAGUUGCUUUCUGACAGCCGGUACGAAAACUUCAUCCGAUGGGAGGACAAAGAAUCGAAAAUAUUCCGGAUAGUGGAUCCCAAUGGACUGGCUCGACUGUGGGGAAACCAUAAGAACAGAACAAACAUGACCUAUGAGAAAAUGUCCAGAGCCCUGCGCCACUACUACAAACUAAACAUUAUCAGGAAGGAGCCAGGACAAAGGCUUUUGUUCAGGUCUACCUCAAGUCUACUACCCUUUAUGAGACCUUCUUCAACUGCUCAGACAUGCACAGAUACCUUCUUCCAUCAUCUGUUGGGUUUCCUUGGCCCUAAACCACAUCGUGAUUUACAUCUUUAAUAGUUGUAUAUAUGAAGUCCUUCUCCCCAACAAGUUUAUGAAAACCCCAGAUGAAAUCAUGAGUGGCCGAACAGACCGUCUGGAGCAUCUUGAGUCCCAGGAGCUGGAUGAACAAAUAUACCAAGAAGAUGAGUGUUGAAG